AUGGGUUCUAUCCCCAACGGAGACCCCCCGGGUAUCGAAUUAUCGGUUGCCUUGACGGCAUGCGAUCUUUCCAGCGUUGUCCAACACGCGAAGAAGAUCUCGGCGCUCGCGGACGUUGCUGCCAGUGGCAACGAUGCGGCACGCUUGAGCGCGCUCGCCAGCGCCCGCGCGCUUGUCCAUGCCCUGGAGACUCCUCGCGAGACCAUGAUAAAAUACUGUUGGGCACAACCUGCCGCCUUCACGGCCUUGACCUACGCCGUCGACUCGGGCCUUUUCGCCUUGAUGGCAAAAAGUCAAGCGCCGCAGAGAGUCGCUGAUCUUGCCAGGACAUUGGGACAUGACCCUGCGUUACUAGGCAGGAUAAUGCGUCAUCUCGGCGCGAUGUUGUACAUCACCGAAACCGGGCCAAACGAGUACAAACCGACAAACUUUUCCAACGCGCUCACAAUUAAUAGCAUGGGGGCAGGCUACCCCUGCGUCGCCGGUGCAUGCAUGGAAUCACUGGCCAAGUUCCAUGAGUUUGCCAAAAAGACCAACUACCGCGAACCACAAGACGUCUUCAACGGUUCGUUGCAGUACGGAUACAACACCAAGCUCGAUUGCUUCAGUUGGUUUGCGGCGAACCCUCCAUAUGAUUUCCAGUUUGCCCAGCACAUGGGGGCAUACCGGCAAGGUCGGCCCAGCUGGAUGGAUGAGGGGAUGUAUCCUGUCAAAGAGCGCUUGAUCAAAGGAUUCGACCACUCUGGAGACGGCGUCUUGCUAGUCGACGUCGGGGGUAGUUUUGGACACGACAUGGAUGAGCUCAGGAGAAAACAGCCCGCUGCUCCUGGCAGACUUGUCGUGCAAGAUCUUCCUAGCGUCAUCAGCCAGAUCGAGAAACUGGACGACAGGAUCGAGAGGAUGGGCCACGAUUUCUUCAAUGAGCAGCCUAUUAAAGGUCAGUAUACCAACUGGAACUUGAGUAAGUCAGACUACCCACUUUUCGGCACCCCCCCCAUUUCGGCACCCCAAAAAUGA